GCGACUCCCGAAAACUUACAGCAUUUUCCGGUGCCUGCCGUGGCGAGAGAGCCUGUUAACUCCUUUUCAAACGGACCUCGCACUAAAUAAGCAACAAUCUUAAUGAUUUUAAUUUUAAAGGAACAAUUUUGAUUUUUUAAAAAAGAAAGAAAACUUAAUUGAUAAUCAUCUUUGCGUUUAACUUAACAUUGUGGGAGUGUGGACUGUAAUCUGGAGGGCAGAUCAUACGAAAGUGCGGUUAUAUUUAGCAUUUGAUAUUUUUUUCUCUCUCUAUUGAAACCUUGUUUGAACCGUUUGCACGGGGGAAAUUGGAAGGUCAAGAUCAGAAGUUUAUACGAUGGCGGGAUGCUGCUGCCUGUCAGCGGAGCAGAGGGAGUGUCGAAGGAUAAACCAGGAGAUCGAGAGACAGCUGAACCGGGACAAGAAGGAUUCGCGUCGAGAGCUCAAGCUGCUUCUCUUAGGAACUGGAGAGAGCGGAAAGAGCACCUUCAUCAAGCAAAUGAAGAUCAUCCACGGCUCAGGCUACUCGGAGGAGGACAAGAUGGGCUUUGCCAAGCUGGUUUACCAGAACAUCUUCACCUCCAUGCAGGCCAUGAUCCGCGCCAUGGACACCCUUAACAUCAAGUAUGCUAAUGACCAGAAUGUUCAAUUUGCCAGCCUCGUCAGUGAGGUGGAGGUGGACAGGGUGACUGCCAUGGAGCCGAAGUACGUGGAGGCCAUCCGCAGUCUGUGGACCGACGGCGGACUGCAGGAGUGCUACGACCGCAGGCGGGAGUACCAGCUGUCUGACUCCACCAAAUAUUACCUGACGGACCUGGAUCGUGUCUCGGAGCCUUCCUAUGUCCCUAACGAGCAGGAUGUUCUGAGAGUCCGAGUCGCCACCACAGGGAUCAUUGAAUAUCGCUUUGACCUGGAGACUGUCAUCUUCAGGAUGGUGGAUGUGGGAGGUCAGAGGUCAGAAAGAAGGAAGUGGAUCCAUUGUUUUGAGAACGUCACCUCUAUCAUCUUUCUGGUUGCACUGAGUGAAUAUGACCAGGUCUUAGCUGAGUGCGAUAAUGAGAGCCGCAUGGAAGAAAGCAAGGCCCUGUUCAAGACCAUCAUAACCUACCCAUGGUUCCAGCAGUCGUCUGUCAUUCUCUUCCUCAACAAGACAGACAUCUUGGAAGAGAAGAUUGCUUACUCACAUCUAGUGACUUAUUACCCCGAAUUCACUGGCCCCAAGAGUGACGCGAAGGCAGCGAGAGAGUUUAUACUGAAGAUAUACCAGGAGCAGAGCGAGAAAAGUCUCUAUUCCCACUUCACCUGUGCCACAGACACGGAGAACAUCCGCUUCGUCUUCGCCGCCGUCAAGGACACCAUCCUGAGAAACAACCUCAAAGACUUCAACCUGGUAUAGAAUAGAUAGUAGCUGAGACCUCCUUCUGCCAAAGGUUCACUUCAGGGCACAAGCUAGCAAGGGAAGGUAAUAUUAGUGUGCAGAAGAGACUUCAACCUGAUGUUAAAACAGCUCGGUAUAGAAGAGGUAUAGAGAGAGAGAAUGAACUCGGCUUAUUGCUGAAUAGCGAAAAGCACAGCAUUGACAAGCCCAACUAUAAGUUUAGGGUGUCGAUUAACAGCUACUAGUUCAAAUAUUUAAUCAGUCCCCCGAACUGGUGUAAGAGUCAGCUGAAGGUAAGUGAUGAGUGAUGAUUCCUGACGGGGUCAGUCACAGUGUGUGAGAGCCACUGGAGAUUUAUGGAUGUGAGGAAGAUGAAAACAGAACUAAAACAGGAGACUUCCCUUAGAAGCAUACUGUGAAGGCUUGUUUUCUAUGCUUACAUUACUUAUUGACGUAGUUUGUUUGCAUGACAUUUCCGUACUAUUUGUUUGAAACAUGUAAAGCAAUGCUGAACUUUAGUCUCCGUGUGAUGACCUUUUUGUGUGAUACUCUGGAGAGAGCUGUCACCAGACUUGACAGCUUCCUAAUGGGUGGGUGAGCUGCUUCCGGGACUCUGCUGUGGUCCUUCCUAAGACACCCGACAGCACUCACUGUUGCCACCUUUCAGCAGGUUCCAGACUUUCUCCCAGGGUCAAGACAGACCCACUGCUUAGUGAACAUAAACCACUUAUUCGUUUGAAUAUCAUCCUGCAUUAUAAACAAGUUCCCGAAAUGUAAUAGCUAUAUGUAGCUAAAUGUUUACUGUUUUAGGUUGGAAAAAACACUAAAAUCUCAGGUGCUGUACUUCCUGCCUGAAUUCUGAAAUUAUAAACAUUUUAAAAGGUACCAAAGAAUCGUUUAAUUUAAUAAAUGUAAAGGGAAAUUUGAAUAUGCAAAAAUACUGUAAAUGUAAAUAGUUAUUUUCUAACUAAAUUAUGAAAAGAAUUCUAUUGGAUAUUUUCAGUAAAAUACUUUUUCUAUAUUGGGCACCAUUCCUAUGU